AUGGACAUUACCUCCCGUCCCUCGGACAUUUAUUUUCUUCAAACAAAGUGACUUUUCAAUGUUUUUUUUUCUUACUCAAAGGGGGAUGGAUAUCCACCCAAUCACUCCCCCUGUACCCGCCCCUGCAGUAGAGUUAUAGGAAUGUCAAAAGUAAAUUCCGGCUAAACUUUGCUUAGAGUAACACAGGGUUUUUUUUUUUCAGUCGAGAAAGGCGGGAGUUGAGGGAAUAAGAGACCUUCCUACCCCACCUUUAGCUACUCACUUGUUUCUAGUCAAAGACCCUGCAACGUAUUCUUACGUGUAAUAGCGACAUAAAAUAUCAAACAAUUUUGCGAUAUUUUGCACAACACAUUUGCUUCAAGGAUACAAGUUACUGUGACUUGUAAUAGCAAUUAUAUAGCUAUAAUUUGUAGUUUUAUGAAAUACAUAAUAAACAAGGGAGACCUGUCGUGUAUAUGGGGUCCAGGGGCAUGGGCCCCGGGUUACCUGACAUUUCCAAGUCUGUAAAAAGAAUAGAACGAUUAUAUCUAACUUCAUUUUGAAUUUUGUAUAUUUUUUUACUACCACCUUUUUAUUCAAUGCCUGAUACUGCGUGACUGUUGUCAAUUAGGCGAUUAGCACACGUUACUUAACUGGGCUUGAAGAAAGUGAAACAAAUAUUCUACUAUCAUCACAAAAUCACAAAAAUUAUGAAUCGCACGCAGUAUCGGCAAAUGGUGUGGAAAGAGGGCCUUUUUAAAUAGCUUUUAUAUGUAGCUUGUGUAUAAUGCAGUAAACUCAGUCUUCGGAUUGUGCUGAUAUCCCAUGUAUUACUUAAUAGCCAAUCCGUUGGAUGCGAGAAUCACCAAGACAGGGCUAUUGUUAAGUUCUAAUAAUAAUAUUCAAAUAGAAAUUCAUAAUGAAUGCAUAUAUGACACAAAGCUCAUUUUCACCCAACUUCUUAUUAAGGCAAAACGAGUUCCGCUUCUGUCAAUAUUAUCCAACCUCAUCGAUAGUAUGGCAAAAACACAUUCGAGUCUCGACUCCUGAAUGAUCCUUGGCUUUGAAACAGCCGUCUUCAAAUGGACACUAGUAGCUGAGUCUCAAUGAAUUUCACAAAUGCGACAGCUUCUUCUACGACGCAAGCAACACUUCGUGAAAGCCGUGUGAUGCAAGGGCCUGGUGAUGCUGUAUGGAUCUUGACAAGCGCUUUCAUCAUUUUCACUAUGAUCUCCGGAUUCGGACUGGUCGAGUCGGGAAUGGUUUCGCGGAAAAACGAAGCCAACAUCAUGGUGAAGAACGCUCUGGACGUCAUCUUUGGCGGACUGGGGUUCUGGAUGUUUGGCUUCGCGUUCACCUUCGGAAAAGACCCGAAGCACACCAAUGCCUUUUCUGGAUUCGGCCGAUUCUUCACCGACGCCGACGAAAACGACAUGGGCGAAAUCUUUUCCCUAUAUCUUUUCCAAGCGUCGUUUGCAACAACUGCAACCACCAUCGUGUCUGGGGCAGUGGCCGAGCGAAUGAACCUCAAGGCAUACACGGUGUUCGCUUUUACUAACACCUUGACCUAUUGUUUCCCGGCGCACUGGGUGUGGGGUGAAAAAGGGUGGCUGAAAGAUAUGGGUGUGGUUGACAUGGGGGGUGCCAGCCCCGUGCAUCUUGUGGGAGGGGUCGCGGGUCUUGUCGCAACUUUGAUGUUGAAGCCGCGGUCUGGUAGAUUUAGUGGACGCAAGAAUAAAGACGAAUGGAAACAUGACAUGGCUUCUCCUACUAAUGUGCUACUAGGAAUGUUCAUGCUGUGGUGGGGUUGGCUCGGCUUCAACUGCGGCAGCACAUUUGGGGUCAGCGGUGGCAAGUGGAAACUAGCGUCUCGGUCAGCGGUAUGCACGCUGAAUGCCUCGUGUGGGGGCGGGGUGUUUGCCACUCUCUACAGCUACAUUAUUUUGAAAAAGCUUGACAUCCCUCUCUUCAUGUCUGGUAUACUAGGGAGUCUGGUAAGCAUCACGGCCAUCUGCGGCGUAGUGCGGCCUGGAGAAAGCCUGCUCAUUGGCUUCAUCGGCGCUGCCAUCGCUAUAUGUGGCUGGCGUCUACUAGAGCGCUACUGCAUCGACGAUCCCGUGGGGGCCAUCCCGAUACACGCGGGUGGAUCCAUAUGGGGUAUGAUCGCAGUCGGGAUGUUUGUCGAGAUAGACAGACUUGAGAACACCUUUUCCAAUACUUACGGUGCGUUCAAAGGCGGACACGUAAAGAUCCUUGGAAUCCAGCUUCUCGCCUGUGUUGUGAUUUCUGCAUGGACUGUGGUUACGGUGGCUUUGCAGUUUAAAGUAAUUGACUUGGUGUUUGGAUUGCGACUGACUCUGCGUGAGGAGUUGCUUGGCGCCGAUGCCCACGAACACGGCAUUACACAGCAGAUCCCUCGGCUUAUCAAACUCACAAAGUUCACCAAGAAUAAAGUGACGGCGGCGUUGAGGUUCAGAGCAGGGCGUGUUGCACCAGAUGAUAAGGAAUCCGAUAAACCGAAAACUGGUCACAAAGGACCCAUACGAGACUCUGCUGGAAAACUGAUCUCACGAAGGGACGAAACUGAGGAGGAAGAGACCCAGGCUGAGAUCGAGAAACAACUGCAACCACAAGAGAGAAGACCCAGAAGUAAGAAAAAUGGAAGAAGACCAACUGUUAAGAUUAUAAUAACACCAGCAGACUGAGAAACAAGACUCGCACAUGCGAAAUGAAUUGGAAAUGAGCAACCAACAUUAUGAAAACAUAUGAUAACGACAGCACACUGAGAAACAUGACGUAAAAAUCGAAAGAAAGAGGAAAUGAGCAACCAACUGAAAACAUUAUGAUAACGACAGCAGACUGAAAAUUAGAUAAUUCAGACUGUCAGGUUAUUUCAAAUGGCAUUUUUCAAGUUACAAAGAUAAGGACAGGCCAAUGAUUACACUUUGAUAUCCUGUGUCCGUCACUGAAGGAAUCUACAUUCCCGAUUAUAUCCUCCCUGCUUUGUAAAUACUAUCACAUAAGUUGUAUCAUACUGUAAAUACGUAUCUCCUUUAUUCUUCUUUCUACAUUUUUGAAGCAUACAGUUUGAAUGAAAGUAUUUACAGGUUUACAGUUUCAUGGCAGUAUUAUUUAGUAAAAAAAAUUACGACGCAUAUUCUAGCAAGGCGCCCAGCAUGUUGAGUAUAUAACUCGUUUCUUAGCCGAGUCCUUGGGAAUAUAUUUAUAAAUAAACAAACACCCGUUUGUAUACGUAAAAAUAAACCUACGACAUGAUGAUGAA